AUGUCCAACGUUGAAUGGGAUUCUAAACUCGUUAUCGGCAACAAGGCUCAAGCCCGCCGUCCUGUCGCCAUUGCGAGCACGAGCAACUCUGCUUUGAAUGGACCAGACCACCAGCGCAUUGCAAAACUAGACCGUGACAACGAAGUCGCACCUCCUCCAAAGAUCAACCCAGCCGUCGGAAAGGCAAUGCAGACUGCCCGCCUGGCGAUGCAGCUCUCCCAAAAGGACCUGGCCGCAAAAAUCAACGAGAAGCAGUCUGUCCUUGCAGACAUCGAAACCGGAAAGGCGACUGCCAACCCUCAGAUCCUCGGCAAGAUUGAGAGGCAGCUUGGGGUCAAACUGCGGGGUAACGAGAUUGGGAAGAAACUGGAAGGGCCCAGGCGCGCAGCGGCAUCGACCUCGACGUCGUAA